AUGGCAUCAUCGGUGUCGGUCACGGUCGCCCAUGAGCAUCUUGUAGCCGGCCACCGCUAUUUGGAAGUCAGGACUCCAGAAGAGUUCAGUCAGGGACAUGCCUGUGGGGCGAUCAACGUUCCUUACUUGAAUCGAGAAGCGAUGUCAAAGAACCCCAACUUCUUGGAACAAGUCUCCUCCCAUUUCGGACAAUCCGACCAGAUCGUCGUGGGUUGCCAGAGCGGAGGAAGAUCUAUGAAAGCCACCACUGAACUUCUGGAUGCAGGCUUCACGUCAGUCAAAGAUAUCGCCGGUGGCUAUGCUGCCUGGACCCAGAAUGGGCUUCCUACACAAAACUGA